AGGCGUGCAGGGUUUCAAUGGACGUGCGCAGACCCCCAAGCAGGUGCUGCUCGAGCUUAAAACACUACAGAAGAGACCUUCGUCCACCAAGCACACACCUCAGGACCUCCGAGGAGGAUGGGUGGCCGCGGCACAGGAGGCAAGUGGCCGUCAGCCUUCGGGCUGCUGCUGCUCUGGGGGGUCACAGUCUCCGCCCUUCCCUUGGAGAGCGGUCCCACUGGCCAGGACAGUGUGCAGGAAGCCACAGAGGGGAGGAGCAGCCUUCUGACUUUCCUUGCCUGGUGGCACGAGUGGGCUUCCCAAGCCAGCUCCAGCACCCCCGUCGGAGGGGGGACCCCCGAGCUGUCUAAACGCCAGGAAAGGCCACCCCCCCAGCAGCCCCCACUCCGGGACAAAAAGCCCUGCAAGAACUUCUUCUGGAAAACCUUCUCCUCGUGCAAGUAACCCCACCCUCUGGCCCCCCUGUGAGAUGCCACCCUGUGAGAUGCCACCGUGGUCUGAAUAAAGACUGUCAAUCAAUAGGGAGCUUGCUUUCUUCUUCUGUCAGCUUUGCCUCCCGUGCUGUGCCCUGUGGGAAUCACUGAAUUUCAGUAAUGUCUGUUACUGACAACAGGUCAACUAAGGGAUUGGAAAUUCAGAGAACCCUCCGAAUAAAAAUUUUGGUGGUUCUUGCUAGAAUCAGC